CAGACACAAAGGGAGAGUUUUCAGCUCACUGCCUAGACCAGAGAGCCGCCAUGAUGUACACGUUGUUUGCAGUGUUGCUCUCUCUGUCGUUCAUGGGGACGUGCUUGACCCACGAAGUCACUGUAGAGUUUGACAAACUUACACUCACAAACUGCCGUCUACGCAAUCGAGCUGAUGCUUCAAAUAAGAAAACCGUUGUUCUAUACAAUACCGAAUCGUUGACAUAUGACAUGUGCUUGACUAAAGAGAAAACAUUUAGGCUUGACAAACUGAGAUACUCCAAUGACGGCUUGAAGGAUCUCAUAACCUUCUCUGUUAAUGACAGAGAGGUUGGAAGGGUCGAAACACGAGAGCUUGAUGGAAAUGGUGAAUUGUGGAAUGAUAUUUUGGAAGUUGUGAACAUUGGAGUUGAAAAGAGGCUUGCUGCAGGAAAUUAUUCGUUGACAGUGACGGCAGAGCACGCUGACCUGUAUGGAGUGGAGUUAGACUCUCUGACAUUUAGUUUCGAUGGAGCAAGUCCAGAUGACAAUAGCCAGUGCACGGCUACACAGGACGAUGCGUCAGCCGCUCUGUUGGGAAGGUGCUUUCCAGAGCUACAGGUAUGCAACAAUCCUCCAUCCUUGCCUAACGCUGAUUUGACCUCUGAAGGACAGUUUGUCGGAGCAAGAGCCACCUACACCUGUAGGCCUGGCUUCCUGUUCUGUGGGAGGAGUUCCAAACACCGUUGUUCCAGCACGGGCGAGUGGAAUGGACUGAACGGCCAGUGUAACAGGGCUCUGUGGAUAAACCCUUCCUUUAACUUGCAGUCGGUCAACUUCGAGGCGGCUAUCCCCUGUGGUAUGACCGUGGGGUCCCGGGUUGAGAUCAUCGCCACGCCCACUGCCAGCACACGAUUUGAAAUGGUGCUGUUAUCCGACAACUCGGUGAUACUGAACAUGGACGUGCGCUUCAACAACUCCUCCAAGCAGCACAACAUCUACCUGUCCGGCCAGAAGGUCCAAACCUUCCCCUUUGCCGUCGGAACUGCAUUCCGGGCUGAGAUAGCGCGGGACAUCCAAACAUACAAGGUGAGCCUCGACGGGAACUUCGUCUGCGAGCAGCCUGACAACUUCCCCGACAUAAACCCAGAUCGGCUGAUCAUCAACAACGAUAUCUCCAUACAGGAAGUGAAAUACAUCAGACCUUGACCUUCAACCUGACACUCGAGGCAGCUUCGUAUCUGACUGCAUAGAUCGUUCAGACAUGCUGUUGUUGUUACUUUUAAAUGUUUUCAAAAUUUAACUAUCGAAAUAUAAGUGUUGUUCAUGACGUCGCAGAGUCACCAUAGUAAUGGAGAGAAAGUAACUGUGAAACCAGCAUCGGUAAGGUGAUAACAGUCUAUGUUCCGGGCGAAUUUCGGACUCGACAUGCAGAUGUUCUUCACAGAUAAUUGCAUUAUACCACUCAGUUCAUCGUCAACAAAAUUAGGAUCUUUUAACAUUGACAAUACCAUUUUGAAUGUUUUCUAUAACUGCUGUAUCCAAUCUAUUUUACUGUUCUCUGUUCAAUUUUGGUUCGGUGCCCUUUCUCUCCAAAACAAAAACAAACUGCAAAAAGUUGUAACCAUCUGUUCAAAAAUUGUCGGCAUGAAUUUUAACCCCCUUUGUUAUAUGUAUGAGAAUCGUGUUUUAAUGUCUGCGAACAAAAUUUUAUCCGACCCGUCUCACGAUUUACAUUCUGGUUUUAUACUUUUACCAUCUGGACGUAGAUUCCUCGUACCUAAAGUUCGCACAAAAAGAUCCCAAACAUCUUUUAUACCUGUUAGAAUUAGACUUUUAAAUGAAUGUUAGACCCAGCCACAAUUUUAAAUGUAUUUGACUACUAGUCUCUUACAGUAUACACUGGUUAUCCUUCUCAUCCUGUUUAUUUGUGUGUUUAAGGUGAUCGUUGUCCUUUGCUUAAUUUGUUUUAACCAUGCUGUAUGUCUCACUGUUGUAAAAGGAAUUCCUUUGUCGGGCAAUAAAGUAUUAUUAUCAUUAUUAUUAACCGUCUGUCCUAUCCAUGUUUACACUGAAAUAAAACUGACAUAUAUUUGACGAUUUUUGUCUCUAGAUUUAAUAAAGCAGAUUUAUAGUGU